GUUGUCGAUCAUUUUUUUUCUUUCUAAAAUCAGUUGAACAGAAAUUCUUAUCUUCCAACUUCACAUAUUCUUGCCUCCCUCCUCUUCCUCCACUACUCUUAAUCACAAGAUACUUUUCAUCUUCUCUCUUUACUUACCAUCUGUAUUGAAAGUCUUCUCAUAAAUCAUUGGAGAAACUUGAGUGUAUAAAUCAAUAAUGGGUCGUAAAAAACAGAGACGGAUAAGAUCGAUACGGCACUACUCUAGCUCUCAUAAGAUAUUGUUGGUUGGGGAGGGAGACUUCUCUUUUUCUGCUUGUUUGGCUCGAGCUUUUCGCUCUGCCACUAACAUGGUUGCUACCACCCUUGAAUCUAAAGAUACUCUAUCGAAAAAACAUCGGAGCAGUAAGGCACAUGUGGAUGAGUUGAAGAGAAGAGGAUGCUUGGUGUUAUAUGAAGUAGAUGUAGAUGACAUGGAGCAGCAUCCCACCCUUAUGUGCAUGAAAUUUGAUAUUAUCAUCUUCAACUUUCCUCAUGCAGGCCAUUACUUUUGGCUAUGCGAAAGAGACGAUGAGCUCAUACAAAAGCACAGGGAAUUGUUGAAAGCAUUCUUCGAAAGUGCCCGUGGGAUGAUCGGCAAAGGCGGGGAAAUUCAUGUUUCACACAGGGAUGACUACCCCUAUGAUCAAUGGAAGUUGAAGGAGCUUGCUGAGAAAGCGGGCCUGGUUUUGAAAGAGAAAGUGUGGUUCGAAAAGUCGGACUACCCUGGCUACCACAACAAGAGAGGUGGAGCCAUCCAGAGCAACAAAAAAUUUCCUCUCAAAGAAUGCUACACCUUCAAGUUUUCUCUGAAACCUGAAUUCACUACUCAUGAAUUAAUGCCUUCUUGCAGCCAAACAACCAGCAUUCUUGAUGAUGAUAUAUCAUAUGCUUUAAAUGGUAUGCAUUUGAAGUAACAGCCAUAAAUGUAUGGAAAGCAGAGCAGAACAUAUAUGUGCUGUAUGUAUAUGGGUUUGUAAUAAAGGAUUUAAGACUGAA